GGCUGCGACGCGUCAAUCCAUAUCGACUCAGGAAACGGGAGCUACCUUUACCAAACGGAAAUGGCUUCGAGUAAGAAUUUCGAAAUCCGGAAAAGGGAAGUGAUCGGCUUCCUGAAAUCCAUUGUGGAAAUUGUGUGUCCUGAAUCAGUUUCCUGCGCCGAUUUGAUCGUAUUAGCAGCUCGCGAAGCCGUUGCCUUAUCCGGAGGCCCGUGGAUUUCACUACCGUUAGGAAGGAAAGAUUCGCCUCUUCCGGCGAGCUACGAGCUCGCAGAUGCUCUGCUUCCGUCGCCGGCGAUCGGCGUCGACGGGAUGCUGAAACUCUUUGGUCGGAUUGGGUUGACCGUUGAAGAAUCCGUGGCUAUUAUGGGUUCCCACUCGCUAGGGGUGACUCACUGUGCGAACAUCCCGACCCGGGAAACCGGGUCCGGGUCGAUCUGCCAGCCGCCGGGAGGCUCGUUGUUGUCGUCGUCGCUGUCGAAUUCGAGCUUCGUGCAGAACGAUCCUACGGCCGUGGUCUUCGACAACGAAUACUACGUCGGUGCGAUGCUGGGACGCGGGGUGCUGAGGGUGGACGAGGAGAUGGCCAAGGAGGAGAGGACGGCGAGGUUCGUCGGGGGUUUCGCCGCCGACCAGGGGGAGUUCUUCCGUGCGUUCGGUUCGGCGUUUGUGAAGCUGGCCGGGAAAGGAGUGCUGACUGGGAGGCAGGGGAUGGUGAGGAAGGAAUGCGAUCUAGUCGGGAACUGA